AGUUUAGGUUUACGACAUUUGUUUAACAUCCAACUAUUCGAACAAAGGACAGAACCCACAGAGUGAUGACCAACAUGGUCGUAAACUUUUACGAACUGAAUGCAUACCAUGAAAGCGACAACAUAUCUCUUGAAACAGCCUUAGCAGUUGGAGUGUUUCUAAAGUCACCUCGUGUAAAGAAUUUUACAUUGUUUCAGUUGCGAAAAAGGUAUACACAUACCUAUAAACGUAAUGCCAUCGAAAAUUUCUCUUUCAUUAAUCUUUCUGCUGGUAGCCACAUCACUGGCAAAUUCCGAAGGAGAAAACGACUGGGUAAAUCAACUUGAACAACUGGAAAAAAUUGCACAAGAAAAUGACCAAACUCAGAAAGCACCGUCAUCAAGAGCCAGUGGAACUUCUUAUUUCAAUAUUUCCCUAAAAUGCGAACCCAAACCGACAUCUGUGCAUCAAUUACGACCGAGAGAUAUCGAUAUUGUGGGCGCGAUGGGAGACUCUAUAACGGCUGGAUUCGGCAUCGAGGCAACGACAUUGCCUGGUAUCGGUGUCGAAUACCGAGGGCUGUCUUGGUCGGUGGGCGGGGAUUUGGACCUCGAUGGUUCUGUUACUAUAACCAACGUUUUGAGAAAAUUUAAUCCGGAGGUGAAAGGUUACUCAAGCGGUACCAACAGAGACGGUGGAGAUUACUGGUUCAACGUUGCCGUUGGCGGUGCUCGUUCUAUACACAUGCCAACUCAAGCGAGAGACCUUAUCGAAAAGAUUCAGAACGACUCGAGAACUAACUACGAGAAUGAUUGGAAGUUGAUAACGAUUUUCAUUGGUGGGAACGAUCUGUGCGCAAUGAACCGUAACAACGAUUCUUCACCCGAAAAUUAUGUGAAAUAUUUGAAAGAAGCACUUGAUAUUUUACACGCAGAGUUACCAAGAACUAUGAUCAACGUUGUUGAAAUCAUGGAGAUCUAUGUUCUACCUGAUGUUGGGCAUGGAUAUGGUUCGACACCUCAGUGUAGAGCUGCCCAACUGACUUUCUGCAAUUACAUCGUAGCUGCCACUGAUGAGGAACUACCGAUUAUCAUUGAAAAGAAUAAGCAGUACCAAACUCUUACUCAAGAUUUAAUCGCAAGUGGUAGAUACGACACAAGAGACGACUUCACCGUGGUCCUACAGCCAUUCUUUCGCAACACAGUUCUACCAUACACAGAGGAUGGCCAAGUUGAUUCUACUUAUUUCGCCCCAGACUGCUUCCAUUUUAGCAGCAAAGGACAUGCACUCGGUGCAGUAAACUUAUGGAACAACAUGUUGCAACCUGUUGGUGCGAAGACUACCGAAUGGGACAUCACAGAUCUGCUUUGUCCAUCAGAGGAGUUUCCGUACAUCUUUACCAAUUUGAACAGCGUUGGGACACAAUGGCCAGGCAGUACAACAACAGAAAUGCCGACUACUACGACACGGGAACCCACUGUAGUAACUUGUCCAACAAACACAUGUUUAAAUGAUGUACCGGAUUGGGGAAUUGCUGUUCUAGCAAUAGCAGCCACCACGCUUCUGUUUCAAUUUUUCGCACUUAUGUGCAUCUUUAUGAGCAAGAAGGGACCAAAACACGAAGGGAAAACUGCAGAGAUUUAUAAAAAUGGAGUUUCAGCUUUGUAAUUGGUUUAAAAUUUGUUUCGAACUCAAAUUGCUCUUAAUUCAAGUAAUAUUUUCAUUUUGUUUGUGGGUAAUUUGGUGUUAUUUGUGCUAUUAAAUACUUCAAUUGUUUGCUAAUACAUUGAACAUACAAA